UACUAUUAUAAAAUAUAUAUUAUACAUAGUUACAAAUUCCAUUUAAAAGUAUAUCAAGCAUCAAGAAGCAAGCUUAUAAUUGAAUAAUAUUUUAUCUAUUCAGAAAAUCUCUUAGCAUAGCAACCACACAUUAUAGUACAUAGAAAAGUUAAUACGUACUUUCAUCAUGUUCUCCAUGUUUAACGAUGGAUCGUGUUUCAACGUAUCGAUGUAUCGAACUAGAAACAUUUAUCGAUGCAUCCUUUCACUAAACAUGCAUUCUAAAUGUUAAUAAAAUGGAAAAUAUUGAAAGAGCUUGAGCUUGAAGUUUGAAUAAACAUUUAAACGUGACAGUUUGCCCAGUAAUUAAAUGUACCCUGAAACUAAUGUGAUGUCGACUGUAUGUGAUGGCGGGUAAACAGUUAGUAAGCCAUCAGCAGCAGUUUGUUGAAGAAAUUAACUACGAUGAAAUUCAAACCGAGCAGGUAGUAGGAAAAGGUUCUUUUGGAGUAGUGUGGAAAGGAAAAUGGAGAGGACAAUAUGUUGCUGUAAAAUACAUAAAUUCAGAAGGUGAAAGAAAGGCCUUUACAGUAGAAGUGAGACAACUAUCAAGGGUUAUGCAUCCUAACAUUGUUAAACUCUAUGGCGCUUGCACAAAAAAUCCAGUUUGUCUUGUUAUGGAAUAUGCAGAAGGGGGUUCCUUAUACAAUGUUUUACACUGUAAUCCUCAGCCGCGGUAUACUGCAGGUCAUGCAAUGAGUUGGGCUCUACAAUGCGCACGGGGUGUUGCAUAUCUUCAUAAUAUGAAACCAAAACCUCUGAUACAUAGAGACUUAAAGCCACCAAAUCUGUUAUUGGUAAUGGGUGGACAAACUCUUAAAAUUUGUGAUUUUGGUACAGCUUGUGAUUUAAAUACAUACAUGACUAAUAAUAAAGGUUCUGCUGCUUGGAUGGCUCCAGAAGUAUUUGAGGGUUCUAGGUAUACAGAAAAAUGUGAUGUAUUUAGUUGGGGUGUUAUUCUAUGGGAGCUAUUGUCCAGAAAAAAACCAUUUGAUGAAAUUGGUGGUUCAGCAUAUAGAAUAAUGUGGGCAGUGCAUGUGGGACAAAGACCUCCUUUAAUUGAAGGAUGCCCAAAACCAAUCGAAGAUCUCAUGACCAGGUGUUGGCACAAAUCUCCUGAAGAAAGACCAUCAAUGGACGAAGUUGUAGAAAUAAUGACAACCUUGUCACAGUUUUUUAGUGAUCAUUUGGAACCUGUUGAAUAUUCUCUAAGUGCCGAAUCAGAGGAAAUUAGUGACAACCAUGUUUUGAAAGAUGACACCUUAGAUGUGACUAGUACUUUGGACUCUCAAGUAAACGGAUAUGCUGCUAAUGGUACUAUCAGAGUUAGUGUACCUGUUUCCAAAGAAAAGUCGGAAAUUCCAAAUGGAAGAGAUAGUUCAUCCACUCCCUUCUACGAUUUCAGGAAUGUUUCUUGUAAAAAUAAUAAUUCAUUAGACAAUACAACCCAUAAAAAGUUGCAGAACAAAAAUUUUGCACCACUACAUAUUGAUUGCGAUCCGAAUGCUUGGGAAUUGCCAAGUUCUGAUCCACCGUUAGUCUCUCCCGUAUUGAAAGCAAAAAAUACUGCGCAAAGUAAUAGUACAACUAACGAAGAUCUAGAUAAUGUGUACCGUCUGCUGGAUGCAGAUUUAAGGCCAUUAACACCAGAUCAAACUUGUGAAAGAUCAAAAGAAAUCUUUGAAGAGCACAAACAACUAGCACAAGAGUAUUUGAAAGUUCAAACGGAAAUAGCUCUUUUGGGGCAACAUAAAAACGAAAUACUUAAAAAUUUAACUAUAGACAGUUUAAGGCAACAGGAGGAACUUAGAAAACUUGAAGAUGAAAAAGAAUCUUUGAUAAAGCUGUAUCGAAAUCUAAAACGACAAUUGGAGAUAAUGAAGAAUCAGAGAAUAAAUAGUGCCCUUUUAAAUAACACUCAAAUGGUGGGUCCUGCAGUUUCAGGAAACAAUGGAUGGUUUGUGGUACCUUGUCAAGAUCCUUCAAGGCACUCCUGAAUAUUAGGAAUAUCCAGAUAAAAUAAAUAAGUUUGUUUUUAUUACUACGUCUAUAAAAAAGAAGUUUUUAUCGUCUUUUAACUUUAACGAAAAAUGAGCAAUUUUCUGUGAAAGUGACGAGAAUACAUUGCAAAAACGAUUCAGAAAAUCAACGUUUGAAAAAGUAUUUAUUACGCCAUAGGAUAAAUUAUUCAAAAUGUUAUAAUUAAAUGUUAGAUCUUUUUUUUUUUGCAUUUGAUUGAAACUUCUGUUAAGUUUCCCACAGAUUUUAAUCCUUUGCGGACGGUGUCAGCAUAUACCGAAUAACAUAUUUUUAUUGUUUCGGACGUGCAUCAGGAAGUUCUUUAGAAAUCCACUAUCAUAACUUGAUAAAUAUUGAUUUCAUAAAUACGUAUGUAACAGUUCGUUACAUUAAAAUAAAACUUAUACAUUGGAUAAAGUAAUUUUUAGAUAUACGUUAGUUUUCUGCGCUUCCCUAAUGUUCGUGAUCUGAAAUGUCCGUCCGUAAAGAGUUAAAAAUGUUUACGGAGAAUUUUAAGCUUUUUGACUAAAAAGUUGUGGGUCUGUAGAAAGAAUAACUUUUACUAUUUUGUCUGCUUUUGUCGUAACUAUUUCGACUAAAAAGAUUGUUUCAGGUCAGUGUCAUACAAGCGUUAUGCUAAUGCAUCUUGAAGCGAUGCAGAAAAUCUCUUCUCUUAGUUUUGGACACAAUUUUUCGUUUAUGUCGUGUAUUAGAACAUUGGUUUUAAAAAGAUAUAAGUUGCUGGAAUCGCGAAUUGCUAUGUUAUACUGCUUAAAAUAUAGAGAAAAUAUUCAUAUUAUCAUUUUAAAAACAUUU